UGUUCUUCACUGAACACCGUCUUUCGCAUCUUCCACGCAGCCAUGGCUAAAAAAGUUGGGAAUCCUGAACAACAGCCGGUCUACCGAGUGCCAGAUCCCAAUGAAUCGGACCGGGUGGCACUCCGGCCAACAAUUAGCCUUUUCGGAGGUGUCAUGAUUAUUGUUGGAUGUAUUAUCGGUUCCGGCAUUUUUAUUUCGCCAAAGGGCCUUUUAGAUGCAGGAUCAGUAGGAUGGUCACUAGUUGUCUGGCUAAUUUGUGGAGCUUUUUCGGCGAUUGGUGCAUACUGUUAUGCAGAAUUAGGCACAUUUAUCCGGAGUUCUGGCGGAGAUUAUGCCUAUGUGCUUGCUGCUUUCGGUCCUCUGAUCGGCUUUUUGCGAAUGUGGAUCGAAUGCAUUAUUGUGAGGCCAUGCACAAUUACUGCUGUUGCAAUAACCUUUGCAACGUAUAUUCUGCAACCAUUUUUCCAACACUGUGGUGCUCCCUAUUUGGCGCCACAGCUUCUGGCUGCCGGGUGCAUUGCACGUUUUUUAAGACUAAUUGAAGCGGGAUAA